GACGCCGCCCCAACUCCCGCACCCGCACAUAAUGGCACUGCUACAGCCCCCGAGGACGAAGAAGACGGUGAAGGAGUAGACGCUGUGGAAUCGGAUCCAAAGAAGAAGAAAAAGAAGAAGAAAGGGAAGAAAGAUGAGGACACCGCUCCUGCCGCUGCCCCGACUCUGUCGCCUCCUGCACCUGCAAAUAACACUACUUCAACAGCACUUGAUGAUGACGAAGAUGGUGAAGAAGCAGGGGCAGGUGAGACGGACACAAAGAAGAAGAAAAAGAAGAAGAAAGGAAAGAAAGAUGAGGACGUCGUUCCUGCCGUUGCCCCAACUCCCGCACCUGCAAAGAAGGCUAAAGGCGGCCUCAGUGCCUUGAAGGCCAUGAUGGAGGAGAAGAAACGACUGGAGGAGGAGGCGCGAAGACUGGAGGAGGAGGAACGGAAACGUAUAGAAGAGGAGGAGAGACGAGCGGAAGAGGAGGCAAAGCGCAAAGAAGAGGAGAAACAACGGAAGAAAGAGAAGGAAAAGGCCAAGCUUGAGCUGGCCAAAAAGGAGGGUCGAUACAUGACGAAGAAACAGAAGGAAGAAAAGGCAGCCGCAGAGCUUCGUCGGCAGGCCCUCCUUGCAUCAGGUGUUCAGAUUGAAGGGCUGCAACAACAGGCAGGUAUUCCGUCAAAGAAGGUCGCGUUCGGUAAUAGGAAGAAGAAGGGCCCUCUUGCCAAGGAGGCCACAGGUUCGCCUACCCCUGAGUCGAGACCGGAAACUCCAGACAACAUCCUCGAAACUUCCGCCCCUUCGCAUGUCGAGCCCGCUAUUGAGGAGGCCAAGUUGGACGGAGUGAAGGAUGAGUGGGAUGCAAGCAGCGGGGACGAAUCAGAUGAAAGUGUUGACUCGGAGGAGACGCAACCAGAACAACCAGAAAUCCAAACGGACAUUCAAGUCGACCAGGAUCUACCCGACGCGACGCAAGCAGAUGCAAGGACAGCGCAGGCGCACGUGAGACCAGCUAAGACACCUGCGGCUGCCACUGCAGUGCACAGUAAAGAUCAGAAAGAUAACCUUCGCAGUCCUAUCUGUUGUAUUCUCGGACAUGUUGAUACCGGUAAAACGAAACUUUUGGAUAAGAUCCGUCAAACAAAUGUACAAGAAGGCGAAGCAGGCGGUAUUACCCAGCAAAUCGGUGCCACGUACUUCCCGUUAGAUGCCAUAAAGACAAAGACUGCAGUAAUGAAUAAGGCUGGUCACUUGAAUGACAACUCUCAAGAAUACAAGAUCCCUGGAUUGUUGGUUAUCGAUACUCCCGGACACGAAUCCUUCACCAACUUGCGUAGCCGCGGAAGUUCUCUAUGCAACAUCGCGAUUUUGGUGGUAGAUAUCAUGCACGGCCUUGAGCCACAAACUCUGGAGUCUCUAAGGCUAUUGAAAGACAAAAAAACACCGUUCAUCGUGGCCCUUAACAAGAUUGACCGAUUAUACGGCUGGAAAGAAACACCCGACGGUGCCUUCCAAGAAUCACUUGCGAAGCAAAAGCGAUCUGUGCAACGAGAAUUCGAAGAUCGUGUACAAAAAACCAUCCUCGCCUUUGCAGAACAGGGCUUAAACGCAGUCUUAUACUACGAGAACAAGAGUUUUGCCCGCAAUGUUUCUCUGGUACCUACCUCUGCUAUCACUGGGGAAGGCGUUCCCGACAUGAUCAUGCUAUUGGUCAAUCUUACCCAGCAGCGCAUGAGUGAUCGCUUGAUGUACCUCUCGGAGCUGGAGUGUACCGUCCUCGAAGUGAAGGUAGUAGAGGGCUUGGGCACGACAAUUGAUGUUGUCUUGUCCAACGGUAUCCUACGUGAAGGUGACAAAAUAAUUGUAUGCGGUCUUAAUGGCCCGAUUGUUACUCAGGUUCGUGCGUUGUUAACGCCUCAGCCGCUUCGCGAGCUACGAAUCAAGGCAACAUAUGUUCACCACAAAGAAGUCAAGGCAGCACUGGGCGUCAAGCUUGUUGCUCCUGACCUUGAUAAAGCUGUUGCAGGUUCACGGCUCCUUGUUGUUGGACCAGACGAUGAUGAGGAGGAUUUAGUCGACGAGGUCAUGACAGACCUCACCACGCUUUUAAACUCUGUUGACAAGUCAGGUCGUGGAGUUUGCGUGCAAGCCAGUACGUUGGGAUCUCUCGAAGCGUUGCUCGACUUCUUGAAAGUCAGCAAAAUUCCUGUAUCGGGGAUUAAUAUCGGUCCCGUACACAAGAAAGAUGUUAUGCGCGCUGCCACAAUGCUAGAAAAGGCCAAGGAGCUCGCAGUCAUUCUUUGUUUCGACGUACCAGUGGACAAAGAUACAGAAAAGCUCGCUGAGGAAAUGGGCAUCAAAGUGUUCAAAGCCGACAUCAUCUAUCAUCUGUUUGACGCCUUCACUGCCUAUAACAACGACAUCAUGGAGGCAAAGCGACGAGAUGCGGCUCCGCAGGCGGUAUGGCCUUGCAGAUUGAAGAUAAUAGCUGCCUUCUGUAAACGGGAUCCGAUUAUUUUGGGAGUUGACAUCUUGGAUGGGACUCUUCGAGUGGGCACUCCGCUUUGUGUUGUCACGGUCGAUCCGACAACACAGAAGAAAGACAUUAUCGACCUUGGGAAGGUCACAUCGUUGGAGAUCAACCACAAAUCAUUCGAUAUCGUCAAGAAAUCUCAAUCUGGUGGUGGCGUUGCUGUGAAGAUCGAACACGCUGUGUAUGAAUCUGGAAAAAUGUUCGGCCGACACUUCGAUGAAAAGAAUGAACUUUUCAGUCACAUCACAAGACAGAGCAUUGAUGUUCUCAAGACGUCCUUCAAGGCUGAUGUUUCCACUGAAGAAUGGCUCCUAAUCAAAGCUCUCAAACCUGUAAGCCUGUCAAACGCUUUGCCUUUUCCGGAUGUUCAAUCAUUCACUGGACAACAGAAGACAGAUGAUAUUGUUGGUGAUAAUGAAAGUGGCUCUAUCGCAGACACGGACGCCCUGCAGCUGGCACAACUUGGCUAUAAACAGCAAUUACAUCGCAGCUGGCACCUGAUUGAGAGCUUUGCGGCAAGUUUUGUUGCCCUGAACUUCAUUGGAAGCGUCAGAUCUUUUCUCUUCCUCGGGCUUCUAGCGGGAGGGCCCGCCGCGAUAUGGUCAUCAUACGUUGUUACAAUGAUCUUCAUGUUCAUAACUGCCGCUGUUCUCGCCGAGAUCUGCUCCGCGUUACCAUUAAGCGGCUCUAUCUACUUAUGGGCUGCAGAAAGUGCUGGUCCAAAGCAUGCCAGAUUCUUCGGCUUCCUUGUUGCUUGGUGGGCAUGUACCGCAUGGAUGACCUUUACCGCGAGCAACUGCCAAACCACAGCCAAUUACAUCGUUUCUCAACUUGCUGUUUGGGAGGUUAACUUCCCUGGGGGUGUUGGAAAUGACAAUAUCCAGUGGCGGGCCCUGAUAUGGGCCAUAUCCGAAGGAAUGUUGUUGUUGUCAGUGGCUAUCAACUACCUUCCGCCAAAAUUUUAUUCUGGUAUCUUCAAAUUUUCCAUCGGCCUCAUGAUGCUUGACUUUUUCUUGUGUCUCAUCUGGUUGCCUAUCGGUGUUUCGAAGACCUACGGUUUCCGGUCCGCUAGUGAUGUCUUCACGAUGACUUAUAACGGCACGGGAGCCCCAGCUACGUGGAACUGGCUCUUAUCUUUGUUAUUCACAGCGGGGACCUUGACUGGCUUUGAUGCCUCAGGACACAUCGCCGAGGAGACCAAGAAUGCUAGUGUGGUUGCAGCAAAAGGAAUUUUAUCGAGUGCAAUUGCAACAGGUGUUUUGGGUUUCAUCACGACUAUCCUGUUUUUGUUCUGUACGCCAGACCUCGACACUGUGUUUGCCCUCGAUGCGCCGCAGCCAUUCGUGCAGAUCUACGCGCUCGCUCUCGGGAAGAAAGCCAGCAUAUUUAUGACUGUUAUUGCGGUCGUUGGCCUGAUCAUGAACACAACUGUUGCUAUUGUCGCAUCCUCGCGCCUUGUGUUCGCGGUCGCAAGAGAUGGGGUUUUACCAUUGUCCGGAUGGAUCGGCGCUGUCGACUCGAAAGGACAACCUCGCAAUGCAGUUACCGUCAUCUACAUCUUUGCAGCCGCUCUUCUCUGUACAAUCAUUCCCAGUCAGGUGGCAUUCACAUCAUUGGUCUCAGCUGGGGCCGCUCCGACCAUUGCUGCAUACGGCCUUAUUGCUUUGCUACGCUUGACGAUGACACCUAAUUGUUUCCAGUCCUCUCAUUUCAAGCUGGGAAAAUACGCAAAACCAUUCUAUGUUUGUGCUGUCUUAUUCAAUGCGCUGGUAUUUGCGGUCGAUAUAUCACCAUUUGAAUUCCCUGUCACAGCUCAGACAUUCAAUUUUGCCACCGUCAUCUUUGGCGCAAUUUCCAUUUUUGCUUUCUUGAGCUGGUACUUCACUCCUGAAGAAAAGUGGCUCAGAAAGGAGCAGAUACUCAAGGCGUAUGAGACAGUCGAUCAUCCUGAUGAUGAGUGA